GUGAGUAUCUUUAUUCUUCUAUGAUUUUUCUCGAUAAAAAGCAAUAAUGAUCUAAUCAGAUAUAGCUAUAGAUGCUAUGAGAACAAAUAUAAGAAAGAAGAAAAGAAAAGAUCAAAAAUGCAUGAAAAUCAAUGCAGCUUGUUUAAGAUGUCUAUUUAAACUAUAGAUUGAAAAGUGAGACGAUGGAGAGGUUCCUUAGCUUAGCUCCAAAGGGUAUACCUGCAUUACAAUACAGAAAUCUGUAACUUCAUUCGAAAAAACAUUUUGCAGUAUUUUUUUCUAUUCAGAUUCAAGCAGCCGAGGAGGCGACCGUAGUUAUUCCGAAACGUAAUCGACAAAAUAUUUCUUGUACACCACGAAAACGUAGAAAAUGUUCCAGUAUUGACGAUAAUCUAACUGCUAACUCUAAUGUACAGCCCAUACCAGGAUAUCAACUUCGCGAUCGAUCAAGUGUAAUUAAAACAGCUGAUGAUAACAUGGUUUCUUAUGAUUCUACAGACAAUGAAGAAGAUGACUAUUACGGAGAUGAUGAACUAUUAUUAAAUGAAAAGGUUCUACAAUUUUUGAAGUUUAAAGAUCAGCAUAAUAUUACUGAUGAACCUAUUAGAAUUUUCAAUAUAUUAGAAAAUGAAUAUGGAAUUUUGCCCUACAUUACUUCAGUUAAAAAAAUUAAGAACAAUGCUCAAUAA